CGCACGACGACCGACCCGGACAAGAUGUCCAGAUCAGGCUACGAUGCCGUCGUAGACGUCGACGACGAAGGAGAUCUAGGGCACACAGAUCUCCAAGAAGACCUCGAAUUCCACAACUCGAACUUUUCCGAAACCACGCCCGCGCUGGGGCGUAGCAAAUCCACCGGCACAUCCUCGUCCUCAGCCGGACUCCUCCCGCUCCCGGCAACAGCCUCCGGGCCAGGCGGCAACAACGGGGCCGGUGGGGGGAAGCGUUUCCUUUGGACGCUCUCGUUUUACGCGCAGUUCUUUGACGUCGACACGUCGUCGGUGCUGCAGCGCUGCUGGGCGGCGCUGUACCCGCGGGCAAACUUCCUCGACGUGCUCGAGGGCAACCCGGACCUCUACGGCCCCUUCUGGAUCGCCACCACCGUCGUCUUGAUCCUCUUCCUCGGCGGCACCAUCAGCGAUUACCUGGCUACGACGGGCAAGGCGGCGUUUGCGUAUGAUUUCCGCUUGCUGAGCGGUGCUGCCGGCUUGAUAUACGGCUAUACCUUCAUCGUGCCGGUCGUGCUCUACCUCGCUCUGCGAUACUUUGGGUCAGAGAGCGCCAACUUGCUCGAGUGCUGGGCGCUGUACGGCUACGGGAACCUCAUCUGGAUCCCGGUCGCGCUCAUCAGCUGGUCACCGAUCACCAUUCUCAACUGGGUGUUUGUCGGCGUGGGGUUUGGAGUGUCCGUUGCCUUCCUUCUGAGGAACCUGUACCCCGUCUUGAGUGCGACAGACCGCCAGACCAGCAAGGUGUUGUUGAUUUUGGUGGUGGCGCUCCAUUUUGGGCUGGCAAUUGCUAUCAAAGUGCUGUUCUUUGCCCACGGCAGCCCGGCACUCAAGGAUGAUGGGCCGGACAAGACGACACCAGAGCCCGGGCGGUUGUUUUGAAGGAAAGGAGGGCAUGGUUACGGCGUGCUAGGGGAUAGGCCGGAUCUCUAUGUACAAGUACAUCUGCAUUGCAAGACAUCAGGCGUUUGAGGGUCGGGCCGGGCGGUUUGUUCAUUCGAGUACUCUUAGCAGCAUCAUGACAUAGAUUGUCACCCCACUGGCGCCUUAAGAUACCCUUUGUUGGCUUGUUUUGAACCAAGCUUACUCAAGUAGAUUCCCUUACCUUUCGCCAUUCCUCUCCACCUUCCCUCCCUUC